AUGAGUUUUCGGGGGGGGUGGGGGGGGGGGGGGGGGGGGGGGGGGGGGGGGGGGGGGGGGGGGGGGGGGGGGGGGGGGGGGGGGGGGGGGGGGGGGGGGGGGGGGGGGGGGGGGGGGGGGGGGGGGGGGGGGGGGGGGGGGGGGGGGGGGGGGGGGGGGGGGGGUGGGGGGGGGGGGGGGGGGGGGGGGGGGGUGGGGGGGGGGGUUGGGGGGGGGGGGAGGGGGGGGGGGGGGGGGGGGGGGGGGGGGGGGGGGGGGGGGGGGGGGGGUUGUUUAUUACUCGAGUAUUGCUGGAUCGCACCUGGACCAUAG